CAAUUUCAUGCUGAGAAAUCAGUAUUCCAAGGUGUAGCUUGGUGAAGAUAUGAUGAAAUCAAUCUCUGUUUUGUGUAUCUAGUAGCACAGAUGACUAGAUUCAUACUUCAUAGUGAUAAUAUUUACCUCAUUGUAAUUGGGGAAUCGUUUGAGUUUUACUGAGAAGUUUGCUUUAAUCGUCAUUGCUUAUGAUGCAGGUUUGAUUUAAAACUGUGGGUGGAUGUACUUAGAUUUCUGAAUUUGAUAUGAGUAUAUGUAUUAAAAGGGUGAAUUUCCAUUUUUAUGACUCAAUUUAUCGUGAUAUGCUUGCAUCUAACUAUACCUAAUCGACAUUAUGCUGAAGAUAUUUGACAAAAUGCCUGAAUCAAGAAAUCGGCUAUCGACCCGAGACAGCAUCAUAGCAUCUUACAGCCAAAGGCGAGUUUCAAGAACUGGUGAUAGGAGUUCGAUAUCUCUUGUUCUUGAAGAUGAUAUUGAGGAAGGGCUGAAUGCAAGGACUCCAUUCCGGUGGAGAGAUACAACGUUGGUCGGUAAUCCUGGAUCAACUGGAGGUCCUCUUGGGACCCCGGGAAUUAGGCCUCAAAGCCGUGGAGGUAGUUUUGGGACUCCGAAAAUCAGGCUGGAAGGGAAGGAGAACUUGUCACCUGUGGUGGGGAGUGGCCGUGGCAGCCGAGGCACAGGCGGAAGUCCAUUGCCUGCUUGGUAUCCCAGAAGGCCUCUCAAUGACAUCACUGCUGUAGUGAGGGCAAUAGAAAGAAGAAAUGAUCGAGAAAGAGAUGGUGAAGGCCCACAAGCUCAUGAUCAAGCAAGCAUAGGCAAAGUUCCCAAGAUAUUGCUCGAUAUCACACAUCAAAAGGGGGCAGGCGCAGCUUGUAUGACGGAGCAGAAGAAGCUCUUGAACAGCAUUGACACAGUCGAGAAGGCGGUGAUGGAGGAGCUUCGGAAGAUGAAGUCCUCUGCCAAGAGAGGUGAGAGGAAGAAAAGGGUGCAGACUUUGCGGUCCAUGCGCUGAUGAGAGAAAGCUCGUUGUAGACUCGAUUAAAGCUCAUUAGGACUGGACUCUCAACCAAGGUUGAGACUAAAGGAUUUUGAGAUGGGGGGCAUGGCUGAUCAUCAACAGAUGAUCCAACUCGAGAGUUUUCUUUUAGGGGGCCAUUUCUUGAUGGCAAGAUACAAGUAUUGUUGAUUUGUUUGUAGCUUUUCUCAUCUACACAUCACAUUUCAUAUUCAAUUCUUGAUUGGAAGUGUAGUCAGGAUACAGUUUGGGAGAAACAUAGACAUAUUCAUUGGAUAUGAAUUUUAUUCUUGAAAGAAAUGCA